AAACACUUUUGUCUGCCUCAGCUCCUGCUGCCUGCCCACUGAGCGUUUUCUGUCCCGACAUGUUCUGGAGGCUGUUUUUCACAGUUUUGUGUGGAUUUGCGCCAGCUGUCCGGUCACACCUGGAUCAGCACUGGAGCCUUUGGAAGAAAACGUACAGUAAAAUGUACACCCACGAGAUUGAGGAGUAUGGUCGCCGGCGAAUAUGGGAGGAAAACCUGGAGAUGAUUACAACUCACAAUCUAGAAGUUUCCCUGGGCUUGCACUCUUACGAGCUGGCGAUGAACCACUUGGGUGACCUGACCAACGAAGAGCUCAUUGACUCUCUAACGGGUACUGUUGUACCAGCUGACCUGGAGAGGGGUCACUAUGAUCUUUAUAAAAUCAACACAUCUGUGCCUGAAUCUGUGGACUGGAGGGCAGAAGGACUGGUAACGUCGGUCAAAACGCAGGGUCGCUGUGGUUCUUGUUGGGCCUUCAGUGCUGUCGGUGCCCUGGAGGGCCAACUCAAGAAAACCACAGGCGUCCUAACGUCCCUCAGCCCACAAAAUCUGUUGGACUGUUCCACCAAAUAUGGCAACUAUGGCUGCAAGGGUGGCUUCAUGACCAACGCCUUCCAGUACGUCAUAAACAACCAGGGCAUUUCCUCCGACGCCGCGUAUCCCUACAUCGGAAAGCGAGACAAAUGCAAGUAUGACUCAAAGCACCGAGCUGCAAACUGCUCAGGAUACAGGUUCCUACCCAAAGGGGACGAGAUUGCUCUCAAAGUGGGCGUGGCUACUGUCGGCCCCAUUUCUGUUGCCAUAGAUGCUUCAAGGCCCAAGUUUCUCUUCUACCGACACGGUGUGUACAAGGACCACACAUGCAGCCACAAGGUGAACCACGGAGUUCUGGUUGUGGGGUACGGCACUGAGGAUGGAGAAGAUUACUGGCUGGUCAAAAACAGCUGGGGUGAACGCUACGGAGACGGCGGAUACAUCAAAAUGGCUCGGAACAGACACAACCAGUGUGGCAUCGCGCUCUACGCCUGCUUCCCAGUCAUGUGAUCAGGACUGGUGCUUUUGGAUAUAUAUGAAUACAUUUAAAUAGUUUUAAUAAUUACUGAAAACCUAACUUUCUUUAAAUAAAAUUCAUUUAAAUUA